AUGCCAAGAGGCGGUUACAGCAAAAUAUCUAGUGAUGAUGAAGAAGUAAGUUUUACAUCCGCUCUUUUCUUUCGUUGGAUGAACAGCGUCCUCAAGACAGGCAGUCAAAGACCUUUAGAUCCGGAUGACUUCUUACCGUUACAAGAAGAGAACUCGGCCUGUUUUGUCACCAAGAAGUUUCGAGAAAGCUGGGAAAACAAGAAAGUUCACUGCAAAAAAAAUGGGAAAAAACCCAAGUUGUGGAAAAGCGUGUUUCAGAUGCUCUCUGUUGAAGAUGUCAUCAUUAUUUUGUUGGGAAAUAGUUUGUUUACAGCAUCUCGCCUUCUCUUUCCAUUGCCUCUCGGAUAUCUUGUUGCCAAACUAAUGUCAACUGAGACAGGCCAUUCCUUUUCCCUCUAUGCAUGCGCUUUGGCUUUGUGUUUCAAUGGUUUGAUCGGCAGUCUUGGAAUGCAUCAUCAAGACUAUAAAGGAGAAGUGUUGGGGAUUCGAAUAAGCAGCGCCUUGAGAGGUCUGGUGUACCACAAGGUAAGUACGGUUCAGCUUAAAGGUACUAAGGCAUUUUUCUGUUACUCCUAAAAUUCUUCAGCCCGGGUUAGACACUCAAAAAAGAAAAAAGUUACCCAUCCGAUCCGGAAUUGCUAUUUCCAGAACUUAAAAUCUUGUUAUCAGUUGCGGCCUCUGGGAGCCAGGGAACGAUGUCAUUGAAUCAAGCGAAGAGGCAAAUUGGUUUUUGUGCAAAAAGCUGAAAAUUGAGGGGGCAAAAUAGUGCGUGGUCGCCACAAUCACAACUGAUUUCUCCAGUCAGCGGUGUGGUUAACGAUGUCAGUUAUUUGUUGUGUAAGUAUAAGUGAACAAUCUCACUAGAAAUCAUAACAAAUAUAUCUUCACUUGUCAGAAAAAUUAUUUCUACUGGGGCGACGGACUUAGUCAAAAAUCAGGGACUGCUCGUAGUCUCAUAAAUUUUAGAGAACACUUACUCUCUUUGUUACUAGCUCCAAACAAACGAACAAACGAACCGGCAAACGAACAGUGUGAGUCAAUUUGAUGUCCUUAAUUAUCUGCAGACGCUUCUUCUCAGCAAGCAGACGUUACUGAAAUUCACAGCUGGACGCGUAAUUGACCUUAUAUCCAAUGACGUGAAGCGGAUGGAGGAAGAGACCAUCAAGUUUUUUUUCUUGACCAUUUUCGCAUUCUUUAGCACUGCGGGAUCAAUGUUCCUUAUCACAUAUUUGAUUAGCUGGCAGGCUGUAGUGGGAGUUAUCUUCAUGUGUUUCCUACUGCCGUACUUUGCGGUCAUGUCCUAUUUCAGUGCUAAGCUGCGCCUACGCACGGCAGCCGUUUCCGAUCAGCGCAUUUCUUUGAUGAACCAAGUUGUGUCCGGGAUCCGCGCGAUCAAAACGCAUGCGUGGGAAGAUGAAUACCGAGAAAAAAUAAAGCAUACUCGAAGGUAAGGCCAGAAGUUAUGUCAACUCAGGAGGUCAGAGGCUAAAAAUCUCGAGUCUCGAUGGGGUGAUGGCUUUCACGGCAAACGAUUAAAAUUUUGGUCAGUAGACUAAAGGUUAACCCAAAUUUGUGUUGGAGAUGGGAAUUAUUUUUACGGUUAAUUUAUUUACGGCUAACGGUUAAAAUUUGUCAAUUUUUACGCCUAACGGUUAAAUGAUUUGGCUGUUUCACGGCUAACGGCUAACCCCAAUGAGACCCUCAACUUAGCAAUCUUAGCUAUGGAAAGUAAAUUUAUUUUUGAUUGAGGUAUUCUGAAAGUGGUUUCUGUAGGUAUUUCAAAAUUAUUCCACGAGCGUACGUUUGAUGCGAGAUUAUACCAUCGCAAUCAUUGGUAUUCCUCGCUAUCUGAUUGGCGCUCAUCGGUGCCAUUUAUUAACGAAUCGCUCCAUUUAUUGCUCUAAAUCGCAUCUUUUUCCCAGCUAAUGAGAACGUUUACUAAAAAAAAAAAAAAACCAAUCAGAUCUCAAGGCUCGGUGAGAGUAUCUAAUCAGACUGCAGGAAACUGAAAGACAACUUCUGCAACUUUUUACAAACCAGGUCGGCACUAGAUCAAUAAAAUAUUUUUACAGACUAAAAAAUCCUGUAUUUGAGCGACUGAAUUUUGCGAUUUCACAAUGGAUGUAAAAACGCACGUGCUAAUUGAACUUUUUGUCUGAAAUCGUACUUUUGAUUUCAAACCAUGCUGUGUGCUUGUUUGAUUUUCGAAUCACGCGUAUGAUUUCAGGCGAAAUUGCACUAGAAUUGUCCAAGGUCAGAUAUUCCUGUCGAUGCUUGUAAAAUUUCAUUCUAACUUAAUACUAAUCAAUCUUUCUGUUAUCGACGGAAGGGUAGACUGCUGAAACGAAUGACUCCCCAUGGGGCUUUAUUGAAAAGUUCUUCAGUGUACUGAUUUGAAAAAUACGUCAAUAAAUAGUUCAUGUAACAACUUUUAUUAUUAAACUUUGCAUAAAUAUUUUUCUAUCGUUUGAGGCGAGAUUUUGAGGCGAGAUUUUGAGCCCUUCUGAUUUGUGAUUUUUACGCAUUUUUAGGUAUGACAUUCCACUGAGCAUUCGCAUAUAACAUGGGAUGAAAUUUUAUUUUCAGGCAUGAAAUCAGCGUAAUUUCGAAGAAGACAGCCAUUAAUUCAACCAUUGAUGCUUUGAUUUACUCUGUGGUUCCAAUGGCUACUCUUGUUUCAGUAAUCGUCAUGGUGUUAACGGGACAAACCCUCAAGCCUCCUGAUGUUUUUAUGCUCCUUUGCUUUAUGCGAAUACUUAAAAAUAGCUGCUUCUAUGACUUGCCCGUUGGCUUUAUGGGAACAUAUGAUGCAUUCGUUUCGCUUGGAAGAAUCGAAGAAUUUCUUCUUUUGGAUGAUAUGUCUGAGACCUCAUUUGGUGAUGAAUGUAAAGAAGACAGACUUCAAACAGAAAGUGGCUUAACUAAACCAAAUAUCUGUUUCUCUGAUAGCCAAGCUGAAAAUAUGAGCCGAGACAGUUCCUACUUUGCGUAUCACGAAAAAGACCCAAUACCUACCACUGUAUGUGUUUCGAAUUUGACGUGCAAGCAAUACCUUCGUGAAGACGAGUUCAUUCUCCAAGAUAUCGACAUAGUUGUACCUCCACAGAGUUUAACAGUUAUCACCGGACCAGUAGGAAGUGGAAAAUCUACUCUGCUCUCGGCGAUUGCUGGUGAAAUACCUUACGCAAGUGGAACAAUUAAAUACCAGGGUUCUGUCAUUUAUUUGCCUCAGUCUGCUUGGGUGUUCUCGGGAACGAUAAGAGAAAACAUUUUGUUUGGUCAGCCUUACGAAGAAUUCAAGUACGAAAGAAUAGUCGAGGCUUGUGCUCUGAAGGAAGACAUCCAGCGGUUUCCUGAUGGCGACCUAACGAUUGUGGGAGAACGCGGUGAAGUUCUGAGCGGAGGACAACAAGCGAGAAUCAGUUUAGCGCGCGCAGUUUAUGCUGACGGAGAUCUCUAUUUAUUGGAUGAUCCACUGAGUGCUGUCGAUUUCAAAGUUGGUCAACAUAUCUUUGAAAAGUGCAUGAAAGAUCUACUGGGUAACAAAGUUGUUCUUUUAUCCUCACACCAUCAACAGCACAUGGAAAACGCCGGCCAAGUGAUUGUGUUGAACAAGGGCCGUGUGCUGGAGAAGGGACGAUUCACUGAGCUACAAGAGCAAGGCAUAAUUAGCUCAAUCGUUGACUCGCAUUUUAAAGCAUCUAUGAAGAACAACACUGAGCCAUAUGAGACGGUUGGGUUGGAGACCAAGGAGAAACACGAUGAUAUUGAUAAAUGUCAGGAAAUACUUCCCCUGCCCAAUGCGGGCAAGAGUUUGGAGAUAGCACCGGAGGAUCGCACAAUCGGAGUGGUAACAUCUAAGCUUUAUUGGGACUACUUCACAAGUGGAGUGCAUCCCUUAAUGAUUAUUGGAAUGGGCGUUUUAUUUCUCAUCUCUGAAGGUAAACUAGCACCUAGACUGAGCAUUUGCCCAGAGUUAGAUCCAAAACAUUAGAUGAAAAAAAAAAAAACCUUUUUUUCAUUUCCUUUUUCUUCUUUAUUGAAUAUUGUAUUACAAUUUACCUUGCAGUACUCUCUGUUCCUAGGUAAAACUUUACUUACGAGAAAAGAAAAAUUCUAAUUCAACCGCGCAUCUUUGUUUGUUUGUUUGUUUUUUUUUUCAGCCGCCAUAGUUGCUCCGGACUUUUGGCUCUGGUUUUUAACAGAACAAAACCAAGAGGAUCAGAAAAACAAGACUUAUCUUUCUAUUUACGCCUGUCUUGUGAGCGUGUGUCUUACAUUUACCGUUGUUCGAGCUUAUGGUUUCCUCCUGAUUUGUCUGAGGUGCGCUGAACGUCUGCACGAUAAAAUGCUUUUAGCUAUUUUACAAGCACCUGUUCUGUUCUUUGAUUCAAAUCCCGUGGGAAGAAUCCUAAAUCGCUUUGCUAGUGAUAUCGGCUGCGUGGAUGAGCUGCUACCCAAAACAUUCUUGAAAGCAGUGCAGAAUCUCUUGUCUAUAUCCAUCUUAAUUCUGAUAUCGAUUACCACAAAUCCUUGGCUUUUCUUUCUUGCCUUUCCACUGACGAUGAUGGUAGUGUAUAUUUCCAAGUAUUACUUGAAGACUGCCAGAGAGCUGAAAAGGUUAGAGUCGAUAUCCCGAAGCCCAGUGUUCUCUCAUUUUUCGGAGACUCUGUUAGGACUGGACACGAUUCGCACCAGAGGAAGGCAGGCAGAUUUUGUGGAGACAUUUUACAGGUAGAUCAGUGACACUGACACUUAUCGCGUGGUGGGGGGAGGGGGAGGAUGUUUUUGGGGGGAUCACAUGGUUUUCAGGGAGGGCAGAGGAGUUCUUUAAAGCGUGAUUUUGACAAGUGUAUGCUGUCUUACAAAAAGUAGGUGGACCCAGGUAAACUAUAUGAUUAUCGAAAUGACCUGGGGAAAGUGGGGUGAAUUACACAAUGCGGGAAGUUCUAAGAAACAAUUUUCCCUUUUUAUUGUUUCCUUGGUAUGUUUAUAGGCUACAUUAUGUUGUCAGGCCAAAGACCGAUCUUAAGUUUAUACGUAAAUUGGCCUCCGUAAAGAGUUUAAAAGUUGACGUUUCGAACGUUAGCCCUUCGUCAGAGCGAAAGGCUAACGCCUGAUGAAGGGCUAACGCUCGAAACGUCAGCUUUUGAACUCUUUACGAUGGCCAAUUUACGUUAUCAACUCAGUUGAUAAUGCUUAAUUACCCUGUUAUACUCCCCCACUAACGUGGCACCACAGUUUAUUUAGAAACUUGCCCCGUUAGGUUUAUACGCCCUGGUUCAGCCACCAGAUAAAAUUGUUAUCAUUAUCAAGCUAAAUUUCUUCAUUGUAACGGUUAAUCCCGGCAGAUAUCAAGAUGUUCAUAAUCAGUCGUACAUUUUGGUGAUGGCCAGUGGUAGAUGGUUAGGAGUCCGUUUGGAUUGUCUCGCUUCCCUGUUAGUUGGUGCAGUUGCUCUGGCCGCAGUACUGGUCUCUCAAAAUGCCGGUGAGCUCUACAAUGACCCUGUUGUUACACUUUCUAUCUGAGAAUAUGUAUAGUCGCGAGUUUGGUUACAGCAUAGUGUUAGUGAGACAGUGGCAAUGGACUACAAAACCUGUUGUUUAAUGGAGCAUUUCGUGCGGUGCACACUACUUGACGUAUGUCACAGUAAAUAGUUGGUUUCCCUCCGGUGCUGACUGUAGAAAAAAAGGAAGGAAGAAAAAAGAAAAAAAGUAACAAAAAAAAAAACAAAGCAAGACAAACUCUGCACACCCUAACAUAAGUACGCAUAUUCUCUAUACUGUUCUCUGUACAUUUCCUUAGGAACUGGCCAGGAGAUUUUUUUUCAUAGUCAAGAGCCUCUUCAGUUGGUGAUCAUUUCCUUGAUUCAGGGAUGAUAUUGUGCGGAGAAAUCAGACAUUAGUCACUCUCAGCGGUUAAAGGGUUAACAAUCCUUUAAAAAGAAACUGAGAAGGCAGUCAGAAGGUAGCGGCAGUAAGGCUGAGCAUCAUAAAACUUACAACAACAGCAGAAAUAACAAUAAUAGGAACUUAAUAGUGAAAUCAAUUUUGCCUAAUUGGUCAUUUACUUGGUUCAGAAUUUUUAAAAUGACACUCCAAAUAUCUUUUCAGCUUUCGCUGGCCUUUCACUUGUUUACGUCAUCCAAGUUAUGGUAAUCACUCAAUAUACUGUUAGAAAAGCCGCUGAAGUGGAGAAUUACAUGACGUCAGUUGAAAGAGUUCUGACGUAUACUAAACUUAACUGUGAGCCUGGGUACAAAGUAGAAAGACACCCCCCUAAAGAUUGGCCAAGUGAAGGACGUAUUGCAUUCAGAGAUGUAUCAUUGACGUAUUAUCCGGGAGGACCUCAAGUGCUGAAGGAAAUAAAUCUUAAUAUCAAAGGAGGAGCAAAGAUCGGAGUUGCUGGCCGUACGGGAGCUGGGAAAUCAUCGUUAGUGGCAGCUCUUAUGCGCAUGCCUGAUGCUGACGGAGAGAUAAUUAUUGACGAGAUUUCGAUAAAAGAUAUAAACCUCCGACAAUCCCGACGAAGUAUUUCGGUCCUUGGUCAAACUCCUGUGCUUUUUAGUGGAACACUGAGAAAAAAUCUAGACAUUUUAGAGGAGUUUGAAGAUCCUGACUUAUGGCAGGCCUUAGAAGAUGUGCAGCUAAAAGAUUUUGUAGAGAAUCUUGAGGCGAAGCUUAAUCACGAAUUGCUUGAACACGGUGCUAAUGUCAGUGUAGGAGAGCGGCAGUUGAUUUGCUUGGCUCGUGUGCUGCUGCAGCGAAGUAAGAUUAUUAUAUUGGACGAGCCAACUGCGCAUGUCGACCCCGCCACAGAGCAGACGAUUUGGGACAUUGUACGGGAAAAGCUGAAGGACGCAACUGUUAUCACUAUAGCUCACCGUUUGAACACUUUAAAAGACUGUCAGAUGAUUUUGGUCCUAAAAGAUGGAAGAGUUCAUGAAUUUGACAAAUUUAAUUCACUGGUGAGCACUCAGAUCUGA